AUGACCGAAGAAGCUAAAGAAAUUAAAGAACACAUUACUGAAGUUAAAAUUGAGAGUGAUUAUGACAAGAAACGUCGUGAAGCUCUUGCUCAAAUUGAUAAUGCCAAAUUUGGAUGGUUUCAUAUUAGAACUUGCUGCGUAGCGGGUUCUAAUCCUCCUACGUCAGUAUUCAAAUCGAACUCCCAAGUUGUCUCAAUUCAAGGUCUUAUGAUUUUCUUGCGUGUUUUGUUGGGUAUUGGUAUUGGUGGUGACUACCCAUUAUCUGCAGUAAUUGCUAGUGAAUUUGCUACAACUAAAAGAAGAGGUGCUAUGAUUUCCGCUGUUUUCGCUAUGCAAGGAAUUGGAAUCUUAGUUGCUGCUAUCAUUUCAACGAUUACUGUAGCUGCUUUCCAAUCUACUAUCUCCCCUGACGAUUAUUCUCACAUUGAUUAUAUAUGGAGGAUUGUCACCGGUUGUGGUGCAAUUCCUGGUUGUAUUGCCCUUUAUUUCCGUUUAACUAUACCUGAAACCCCUAGAUAUACUAUGGAUAUUGAACGUAAUAUCGAUCAAGCUGCUGCUGAUAUUAACACCGUGUUAGAACAUGGUGUAUACAAACCACGUGAACAAGAGGUUGUCGUUAAAGUUGAUGCUCCUAAAUUUUCAGUAUCUGAUUUCUUCCGUUAUUUUGGCAAAUGGGAAAAUGGAAAAGUUUUAUUCGGAACUGCUUUUACUUGGUUCGCUUUAGAUGUAGCUUUUUACGGCAUUGGUCUAAAUAAUAACAUUAUUUUGGGAAAUAUUGGUUUCCUUGGUGAUGGUAGAGAUCCCUAUGAGACUUUAUUUAAAGCUUCUGUUGGUAACAUUAUCAUCGCUUUAUUGGGUACCGUACCUGGUUAUUGGGUGACUGUUUUCACUGUGGACUUUUGGGGUCGACGUCCAAUUCAAUUAUUGGGUUUUGCUGUUCUUACUGUUGUAUUUAUCAUCCUCGGUUUUGCUUACAAGCAAAUUAAGGAAAUUACUUGGCUUUUUAUCAUUUUCUUCACAAUAGCUCAAUUCUUCUUCAACUUUGGCCCCAAUGCAACUACAUUUGUUGUACCCGGUGAAGUAUUUCCAACUCGUUACCGUUCAACCGGGCAUGGAAUUAGUGCUGCCGCUGGAAAAUUGGGUGCCAUCAUUUCACAAGUCGGAUUCUUCAAAUUAAAGGAUAUUGGAGGCAAAGAUGCAUAUAUAGAUAAUUUAUUCAAAAUCUUUGCCGUUUUUAUGUUAUCCGGUUUAAUAGUCACUUACUUCUGUGUACCAGAAACAAAGGGUAAAACAUUAGAAGAAUUGUCAAAUGAAGACCAAGACGGUUUCAUUAAAGGUGUAAACAAACCUAAAAUUAUAGAAGCCAAUGCUUCUUAA